UUUACAUUAGAUUAAUCUUGCUACAACUUUCAUUUUUUUAGCUUAAACUCAAAUUCUCAUAGUUGCAGUCGUAAAUUCAUAUAUUCGUAGUUAAAAUGGCGAAAACUGAGACGGCAAAUGAUGUUUCAGAUCUAUUCUCCAAAUCAAGCAAAAAUGACGUUGAUCUGAAAAUGGGAUCUAAAGAAAUACAUUUGCCAGAAUCAAUCAACGAAACUGAUCUUCACCAAAUAACGGAACGCGUAGAUCCUGAAAAAAAUUGUAUAGAUUGUAUAGAUUGUUUAGGCCAUGAUCCUGAGUAUGAUUUGUUCAAAGAUACGCCAAUUUAUAUAAGGCAUCAGUUCAUUAGAAAAGUGUUUCUGAUUGUAGUAUUACAGCUUCUGUUCACAUUGGCAGUUACAGCACUAGUGUAUUUUGUGCCUGUCAUCAGGGAUUUCUUGACGCGACAUCCAUACAUCUCAGUUGGAUCCGCAACCGUUUAUUGUGUGAUGACUAUCGUUUUCAUCAUAUUUCCAAAAUUAUUAGAAAAUAGAACUGUGUGCAUUUGCUUCCUAUCGGCAGAAACCACACUUUUAACUCUAGUAGUAGCCACAGUAACCUGCUUCUAUGAACUCAAGGAAAUAUCAAUCGCCCUGGGAGUAACAGUCCUAGUAUUCUCAGUACUAACAGUAGCAUCAUUUCAAAUUAAAUACGAUCUCACAAGAUGGUUCGGAUUUACGAUAAUUUUGUCACUGAUAAUCUUAUCGUUUGGAAUAUUGGUGAUUGUGCUUCCAUUUAAGCCCCUGUAUCUGGCGUUCACAAUCCUCUCGACGAUAGUAACCUGCAUAUACAUUCUGGUUGACGUUCAGUUAAUAUGUGGAGGCAAGAAAAAAUACCAGUUCAGCGUUGACGAUUACAUGUUGGCAGCCUCAACAUUAUACUGUGAUUUCAUAUCACUCUUUAUAGAUAUGCUACGCUUCUUUAGGUUUUAAACAAAUAAUCUAAUAUACCAUACAUCCAUAGAA